GCCGCGUUAAAUCGUCAUCUGCCACGAUAUGGCUGUGUAACCUUGGAAAAUAAAAAAAGACAAUGUCCUUCUUCUCUUGCCAACUACCCUUUCACUUAAAUUGCGAGCGAUCAUAUACUUUUCAUCUACUGUAGCCGUAGGCGAUUGGUUUCCUUGUACUAAAUUCCUCUUGCCAAAUUUGAUAUUUCAUUUGACCUUGUAAGACUCGAAUUGGUAGCAUUCUCCAAACCUACCUGCAUAUCUUAGAUAUCGAUAACAAAGUUUCCGCCAUGAGCUAUGGCACAAGCAGGUGAGAAUGCCGUCAUGGAAACUAAUGAUCCCAGUACCGAUAAACAGGCGGUGGGCUUUUCUCCAUUCAAAAAACCCAAUUCUCCAAGCCAGGAAGAACAAUCAACAAAGGACUCGAGCCCGAGAGUUAAAGCAAGAACAAACUCGUACAGUCUAUCUUCUGCCAUCGGCAACGGCAUUCUUGCGUCAUUGGGCAGGAAAGGAAGGCAUGCAGAACCAUUGAUACACACAGAGCUCAAUUCCGAACGAGCAAGUAUUUCUAUGCCACCACCUACCACAAAACCUUUGUCCAAAUCUAGAACGUCGUCGACAUAUAGCCAACGACCGCUAGCCGCAUUGGAAGUUUUAAAAGAAGCCACAAAUUUAGUAGGAGCAGGGACAAGUCAUCAAGAUUUUGCUGUUGAGGAGUCUGAGCCUCACAAAACGAAUUCAACAAUGGCAGAUGAUGAUAAAAAUACACCCGUGCCACUUCCCGACCCUGCUCUUCGACCUCAAGCAUCUGUUACGGAGGUGGAUGGGAAGCGAAUGUCAGUCUCGUCAAUGUACUCUUUGACAUCGGCAAGGGCAGGCGGGGUAAUAAGCUCUGCAGCAUCUGCGACAGGCUCUGAUAAUGGAGGAAGCACACGAGCGACUACAGCCUCAGUCUCAUCGAUUAAGGGGCAAGGUAUAUCUCAAGCAGAAACGUCAAAUGUCUCUGUUACAACAUCUUCAGGUGGACCAAGUGCACCAAAUGGACAUCAACUCACAGCGAGGGAAUCACCAGCUCAAGCCGCAGAGCUAGUAAAACGAAAUUCGGUUGCCAGAGGCGAGGCUCAACCACGACCUCAACCUCCACAAAGAUCAAGGAGUCGAGCAAAGAGGCGCUUCAGUGGUAGCACCGGCGCCAGUAGCCAUAGUCCUAGUAGUGAGAGAGGCCUACAUUUGAAAAAAGAGGAUGAGAAUAAACCAGCACCGUGGGGCGUGAUAGGAGUAUGUGCUUUGGAUAUCAAAGCACGAAGCAAGCCGAGUCGAAAUAUUCUAAAUCGCUUGAUCUCGAAAGGCGAAUUUGAAGUUAUCGUCUUUGGGGAUAAAGUCAUAUUGGACGAGGAGGUAGAGAAUUGGCCGAUCUGUGAUUUCUUGAUAUCUUUCUACUCAGACGGUUUUCCGCUCGACAAGGCCAUUGCAUACGUACAGGCAAGAAAGCCAUUCUGUGUCAAUGAUGUUCCUAUGCAGAAGAUUCUGUGGGAUCGCAGGAUCUGUUUACGAAUUCUCGACAAAAUAAAUGUACCAACGCCGAGGCGUGUAGAAGUAAAUCGGGACGGAGGUCCAGCCGUCUUCACGCCGGAGCUGGCAAAACAUUUGAAGAACACUACAGGUCUUGUCUUAGAAGGACCCGAGGAUGGAACGGGUGGCCAAAUGGUGGCUCCUAAGAAAGUUGAGCUUAUCGACAACGGGGACACUUUGAGUGUCGAUGGUGUUCUAUUAGCUAAGCCGUUUGUGGAAAAGCCAGUCAGUGGUGAAGAUCACAAUGUCUGCAUAUAUUAUCCACAAAGUCAAGGCGGAGGAGGUCGUAAGCUUUUCCGGAAGAUUGGCAACAAGAGUUCCGAACAUGUGGAGGAUCUCACGAUUCCUCGAGCCAUUUCUGAACCAGGGAGCAGCUAUCUAUAUGAGAAGUUCAUGCGCGUCGACAAUGCCGAGGAUGUGAAAGCAUAUACCGUUGGACCGACCUUUUGCCAUGCCGAAACUCGCAAAUCUCCCGUCGUUGAUGGUCUGGUUAGACGCAAUACUCAUGGCAAGGAAAUACGUUACGUCACAGCUCUCACAAAAGAAGAAUCUGCUAUGGCAACUCGAAUUGCGAAUAGCUUUGGCCAGCGAGUAUGUGGUUUCGAUCUUUUACGUGCUCAAGGAAAGAGCUACGUUAUUGAUGUCAAUGGGUGGAGUUUUGUAAAAGACAAUGAAGAAUAUUAUGAGCAAUGUGCUCGUAUAUUGAAAGAUAUGUUUGUCGGCGAAAAGCAGAAAAAGACCGGGCAGUCACUGCCCGUUAGUGGUGUAACUUCCCCAGUUGACGGCGCCAUGAGCCCUACUACUAUUAGAAGAGAGUCAGGACUGAAGGACAAUCAUCGGUCAGCCUUACAAAACAUCCUUUCCAAAUCACCAAGUAUGUCAAACAUGCUUCACGGACAUCUACCUAAUCAAGGAUCACAUAGACUUUCCACCUCGGGUUCUCCUCAAUUUGGCACUUCAGUUGUUCCAACGCCAAAGACUUCACCCCCUCUAGUUGUAGAACAAGACGCCUCGGCCGUACCAUCUGCAGAUAUGUUGCCACCACCUGCGGUGUCUGUUCCAAGUGAAGUGCCAUCCGCUGCGUCUACCAUCCCCCCUACACCAACGCCUACUCCUGCGCAAGAUCAAGAAACGUUACCCCCACCAGCACCAAAACAUACGUGGAAGUUAAAAGGUAUGGUAUCUGUGAUUCGACACGCUGAUCGCACACCUAAGCAGAAAUACAAAUAUACAUUCCACACCAAACCUUUUAUCGAUCUCCUGAAAGGUCAUCAAGAAGAAGUGCUCUUGAUAGGCGAAGCUGCAUUGGACAGCGUUAUGCUUGCUGUUGAUGCCGCAGCGCAUGAGGGUAUUGAAGAUACAGAAAAGCUCAAAUCACUAAGAAACGUCCUAGUGAAGAAAGGGGGAUGGGCAGGCACGAAGGUACAAAUCAAGCCCAUGUUUCGAAAAAGAAAGCCAGAAGAAUCCUUAAAUUCUGGGAUACCACCUCCUGCUACGGAAAAUCUUGAAAACUCGGGAUCGACAAAAUCAUCAGAGAAGCCAAAGAGUAUUACAGACCUUGGCAGACGGUCGCCCACUCGUCACGAUUCUUUAUCGGGUGUUACUUUAUCCCGUAUAACUGCAGCAGAGGAGAGUCUUGUACUAGACAAGCUACAGCUCAUUGUCAAAUGGGGUGGCGAGCCUACUCACUCAGCUAGAUAUCAAGCACAAGAAUUGGGUGAAAGCAUGCGAAAUGACCUUCAGUUGAUGAACAAGGACAUCCUUGAUGAAGUUCAUGUAUUCAGCAGCUCCGAGAGACGUGUCACAACCAGCGCUCAAAUUUGGGCAUCCGCUUUCACAGACCAAAAGGAUUUGGCAUCUGACUUCAUUACCAUUCGCAAAGAUUUGCUUGAUGAUUCCAAUGCAGCUAAAGAUGAGAUGGAUAAAGUCAAGAAGAAGCUCAAGACGCUCUUGAGGCAAGGAAAUGAGGCGCCUCCCGAAUUUGCUUGGCCAGCCGAGAUGCCAGAACCAUCAAUCGUGCAGAAAUACGUGGUUCAUUUGAUGAAAUUUCACAGAAGAGUCAUGCGUAAUAAUUUUAGUAAACUUUAUGGUAGCGCCACUACGUCACUCAAUGCAAUUGUAAACCCAGGCGAUAAGGAAAGUAAAGGAGCAGGCUCGGCUGUGGGACCGGCAAUGUCACAAGCAAACGCUACGAGCAGCAUUCAGGCUCGUUGGUGCUGUGGCGAAGAUGCUGAGCUCUUUAGGGAGCGCUGGGAGAAGCUUUUUAAUGAAUUUUCCGACCCUGAAAAGGUCGAUCCAAGCAAAAUAUCCGAGUUGUACGAUACUAUGAAGUUUGACGCCCUUCACAAUCGUCAAUUUCUUGAGUGGGUUUUCACUCCAAGCAAAAGCAUUCUUGAGGAGGAAGAAGUCGAGCUCGCUUGGGAGAAAGACCGAUCCAAAAACUCAGAAAGCACCAAAGAUGAGACCAUACCACCGGAGAGGGUUGAAGCUAAUAGGACACUCCAUCGACGCAUGUUCAGGAGAAAGUCCGUAUUGAAUGGAAAGCACAGUGAGGAAGAAUCGGUAAGUGGUUGUGUGGAAAGAAAGUUAAACUCAGCUGACGACUCUAGUAUUUCCGACUUUUUACUGGUAGUAGCCAGACGAAAGCCAAAACUGACGCUCGCUUGGAGAAAUUGCGAGAAUUAUACAAAUUGUCCAAAGUCUUGUUCGAUUUCAUCUGUCCACAAGAAUAUGGUAUCGCGGAUUCCGAGAAACUUGAGAUUGGUCUUUUGACAUCACUUCCAUUGUUAAAGGUAAGAGUAUAAUAAAUCUUCAAAGGUUAUUCAUCUCACACGAAACAGGAAAUUGUCCAAGAUCUCGAAGAAAUGCAAGCCUCCGACGAUGCCAAAGCAUUCGUGUACUUCACCAAAGAAUCCCACAUUUACACUCUCCUUAACUGUAUUCUUGAGGGAGGCAUUGAGACCAAGAUUAAACGAAGUGCCAUUCCCGAACUGGAUUAUCUCUCACAAAUAUGCUUCGAGCUUUACGAAUCCGAAAAUAAGACUCCCGUGGACGCUCAGGAUGUAGCUAAAUAUGCAUAUAGCAUUCGUAUCACCAUUAGUCCAGGUGCUCACACGUUUGAUCCGUUGGAUGUACAGCUGGAUAGUAAACAUAGUAUUAGUUGUGCCCCUAGAAGAAGUUUGACCGCUCAUGCGGACUGGAAAUCUGUUAUUGAUACGUUGAGGGCGAAGUUUCAUCAGUAUGUUCUAUUCUACUUCACUUUACCUUAUCAUCUAUUUUGAAGGGAUUUGGAAUUGGGGAAAAUGCUAAUCGAUACGAAUGAACAGAGUCAAACUUCCCAAGAGUUUCCUCGCCGUCAAUCUUUCAGAAUCACAUACUUUUCAUAAAAAAGAAGAGGUAGAACACGCAGAAGGAGAUUCUACGAUAGCGGAGGUGUUGAAUAGUAAAAGUGGAAAUGGGAAUGAAGAUGAAAACGGGAAAGGAAAAUAUGAUGUAGAAGACGUUGCGGCAGCGACCAAUCAAGCAAUUGCCGACCCGGUCUCGACUCAAUCUGGGGACGAUCUAGACGUCACUGCUACUGUAGAGAAAAGCCACGAUGAAUCCAUCUAAUCGGUUAAUGCAAGACGAAAGCGAAUGAAAUGAGAGAUAAGUGAUGGAAAUUCAUGGCGCCUGCAUUAGUAUUUUUUUUUGGAGCAGCGCAGUAUCAGUAUUACAACGUGUGUAAUGAAUGUUCAAUAGACAGUGGUAAACAGCGAGUACAUAGAAUUAGAUGA